AUGAAUGCAAAUAAUCAAAUAGCGACAUUUUUUUCGCAUUUUUCACUCGAUGAGUUUCCUAAUCUUCGUUCGCUACAUCUGAUUGAAAUCGAUGAGCAUGAUGCUAGUGGACUAAAAGAAAUGUUAUCGUCCUUAUCUAAUCUACAUUACUUUUACUUGACGGUUUCAUCGGAUGGAACUGAUAAAAUACUGACUGCACUGCCGACAACUUCUAUAACAUUAUUAUCAAUUCCAAAACUAGAACUGAAACCAGUGUUUAAUGAUCAAUUUAUGUUGGUUAUCAAUUUAACUAUCAAUCAAUGUUCUGCAAAGGAAUUAAGUCAAUUAUUUCUAUAUUUACCAAAGUUAAAAUCUCUCAGUAUUGAACACCUAUCUGAAUCUAGUAGCUUUGAUAUUAAUGAAUACGUCGCUGUGCAUUUGAAACAAUUGAUUUUGAAUCAAAUUACCGCUGGAUUUGAUUUUCUUGCAAUGCUCUUCAGACAAACACCAAACUUGAGAAGUUUGAAAAUAUCGGCCCAUGAUCAUAAAGAGUUUAUUGAUGCUUGUCGUUGGCAACAUUUGAUUACAUCUUCAUUACAUUUCGUAAUUUAUUUUAAUUUUAAAUUUCAUUCUACAUUAGUCUAUAAAAACAGUGCCAUUGCUGAUAAGUUUCAAUAUUUCCAGAGUGAUUUUUGGCAUCAACAACAUCAUUGA